AUGGUUAAAAAAAGUUUUGAUCCAUCUUCACACUUUGGUAGUUUCUUGGUGAUAAAAACUUAUGAUGGUAAUAUAUAUAAAGGCGAAUUAUUUUGUUAUGAUAUAAUUUCAGAUUUAAUAGUAAUAAAAGGAGAUAAUAAAAAUGGGACAUCAAAUAUAUAUUUGCUUCGAAUAAGUAUAAUACUAGAUGUAGAAAUAAAACCUAAGGUAAAAAAUACAAAUGAUAAUAUUCCAAUGAUUAAUAAAAAUAUUGUUCAAAAAAUAGAAAAAAAAGCUUUAAUGGAUUUUGAAAAAGCAAAGUUGCGAAUUGGAAUUGGCAUAACUGAGGAGGCCCAAGAUUUGUUUGAUUUUAUAUGGAAAACUCAUCCGGAUUGUACCUGGAAUAAUAAAGAUAUAUUAGUCUUAAAUGGUGAGGUUAGGAUAAAACCACCAUAUGGACCCAAUGAUUGCAUAGCUAAGAAUGACAAAUUGAAAGAGAGAUUUGCGACAGUGAUAUCUAAAUUUCGUCAAAAGCAAAAACAAGCUCAAUAA